UAGAGAUGGCGGCGCGUGUGUAAAACCUCGUGAUUGUGCUUGAUUUGAGCUUUGUUGGCUCUAGCUUUGAGACGGAUGACGUUUUAGGAUUAGCCUUUUGUCUCGACGUCAAGAAGCGACUGUGCACCAAAUGCGCGUGAAAGAGACAGCACUCCGCUGCAUUCCGUAGAUAAGAAGAUAUGACAAAUGGUAAUAUUCCACUGGUAUGUACAAUGACUGUGCGUGACUUCGUUUGAGAUAUGCGCUGUGAAAUACGUAGAAUUUGAUAGAAAUUCGUUCGCUUAACAACGAGCUGAGCAACAGUUAAGAAUGUCAACAAUGGAGGGCUCACUCAGCAAGUGGACAAAUGUUGUUAAUGGAUGGCAAUAUCGGUGGUUUGUUUUGGAUGACAAUGCUGGUCUUCUGUCAUAUUACACGAGCAAGGAGAAAAUGAUGCGCGGUGCUCGUCGUGGUUGUGUACGAUUGCGAGGUGCUAUAAUUGGUAUUGAUGAUGAGGAUGACAGCACAUUUACCAUCACAACAGCCUCUUCUAAAGACGAUCCUAAGACAUUUCACUUUCAAACACGUAAUGGAGAAGAGAGAGAAUGCUGGGUUCGAGCCUUGGAAGACACAAUACUCAGACACUCGCACACGAGAUGGGAUCCUAAGAAAUCACCUCCUAAACACGAUUUCGAUCGCAAAGUAGCCGAGGCUGAUGUUUAUCUUCAACUUUUGAUUGAUCAAAUUAAAUUAAUUGAAGGCAAAAGAGAUGACGCAGCUGAGGAUGAAGAGAAACAGAAAAAAUACUCUACUAUUUUAGAGCAAGCUAAUGCCAUGCUGAAUUCUGUCAAACAUACUAUUGUCCAAUUACAAAUUGCAAAGAACACAGCAAUACCAGUUAACGGAGUGUACAGAGGACCAUCAAAUUCUAUACAUAUAUCACCUACGCUUCCUUGUGAUAGAGCACCGGAAAUGACAGUGCAAACUGGCAUUGAAUUAGGUUCCGAGUGUAUAGAACCAAGAGUACCUGCGUUAUCAAAUGUUGUAGAUAGAGACUUACCAGUACCACAAUUCUCGUACUCAUCGUCCGACGAAGACGACGAUUACUUCGAUGCCGCGGACGAGAUACCAACUCCGAUGGUUCAGAAUCACAUUACGCUACGAUCAGAUAGCGAGCGAUUACAUUUAUUCGUGGAAAAUUCAAUGGGAGAUAAACGCAAAGGGCCGCCUAUCAAGUGCGAUGGCUCAGUAGAUUACGAUGCUCUUUACGAAGAAGAAAGCGAAACAGAAGUGGAUUCUAUGGAGAGCCACGGUUCAGUUGUAACACAUCUUCUAUCGCAAGUGAAGAUUGGAAUGGAUUUGACGAAAGUAGCUUUGCCAACAUUUAUCUUAGAGCGCAGGUCACUUCUUGAGAUGUAUGCGGAUUACUUUGCACACCCCGAUCAAUUUGUAAGCAUUGCAGAUAUGCCUACACCUCGUGAGAGAAUGGUGCAAGUAAUCCGUUGGUACUUGUGUAGUUUUCAUGCGGGACGUAAAUCGGGUGUGGCCAAAAAACCAUACAAUCCUAUAUUAGGUGAAAUUUUUCGGUGUCAUUGGAGCAUACCUCAAUCUCCCGACGAAGCUGCAGAUUCUGUCAACAGGCUAGUAUCAGAUGGCCCUGUACCGUGGUGCAAAGAAAAUCAACUUGCUUUUAUUGCUGAACAAGUGUCUCAUCAUCCACCAGUCAGUGCAUUUUAUGCCGAACAUGUUGGAAAAAAAAUAAGUUUCGGAGCUCAUGUUUGGACGAAAAGCAAGUUCUUGGGUUUAAGUAUAGGAGUACACAAUGUGGGAAAGGGUUGGGUAAAUGUAUUACAACACGGGGAGGAAUACGUUCUAACCUUCCCUAAUGGUUAUGGCAGAUCUAUCCUUACUGUACCAUGGAUAGAGUUAGGAGGAACUGUGACGAUAAACUGCGCGCAAAGUGGCUAUCACGCGACAGUAGAUUUUUUAACGAAACCGUUUUACGGUGGCAAACGGAAUCGGAUUACAUGUCAGGUGUUUCAUGCGGUAGAUAAAAAGCCGUUUCUCGUGGUAAAUGGAGAAUGGAGCGGCGCAAUGGAAGCAAAAUGGUUGGAUGGUAAAAGUGAAAUGUUUGCCGAUGUGAGAGAACUCGCUACGGAAAGAAAACUGGUUAAAACUGUGUGCGAACAAGAGGAAUACGAGUCGCGGAAGGUUUGGCGUGACGUCACAGUUGGCCUACGUAUCAACGACAUGGACAAGGCAACGGCAGCAAAAUGUGCAAUUGAACAAAAACAACGAGACGAAGCACGACUACGAAAGGAAAACAAUAUACCGUGGCAAACAAAACUUUUUAAGGAAACCAAAGACGGUGGCUGGGUGUACAUAAAACCUCUUGUAGACAGAAUAAGCAAUUCUAAAGAAGAAACGAAUCUUACAUAACUACAUACAUACAACGUAUUACGCGACAAGUUUAGCUGCAGCAUGAUAUUAAAAGGAAAACUGUGGCCUAAAGUGCCCUGUAUAAUAGUAGACUCAAUACAGGAUACACUCACACACAUACACACACACACACACACACACACACACAUAUACUUUUGCAAUCGAACAAUUUCAAAUCAAAUAUUUUUAGUAAUUACUUUUUAGUUGGAUUAUAGGAAACGGGUGACACAUUUAUAUGUACAUCAUCCUCCGUUUUAUCUCACCUCACGUUUUAAAUUUCGCUUCAAUAAACAUGAUUUGUUAAAAUAAUAUUAAGAGAAUGAAUUUCAAUGAUAUAAGAUGUCCUCUUUUUACAUAUAUAUAUAUAUAUAUUCUCAGAAUAUACUUUUCACACUCUUCUAUAAACUUCUGUUAUAUCGUUAAGUUUAUGUGUACACGUAAUCUGUUUUUUUUUUUUUUUUUAUGUUUGUAAACACUGACACUGCGAUUGUUUUAUAAUAAGAAAAAAAAUUAGAGGUACGCGUCUUAUGUGCAAGUUUGAAUGCAAUAUGCGUCGUAUAAAUUGCAUGCCACAUUAAAGAUCUGUUUCACGAUAGAUAACAGAAACACGAAAGGUCAGCAUUCCACAAUAGGUUUCUGAAAAUAAACUUGUCUUUUUUAUGCACAAAAUAAUACGUCGAUGAAUAAUAAUAUAAUUGCUUAGUACUUUAUUUUAACUCUUAUAAUUCGCGUAUUUCUCUUUCUCUUUAACUUUUUCCAUAUACACCAAUAAAACUUUACAAAUGAUUUUUUCUUUUUAAAGCCUCAAUGUAUAUCUUCAUGCAGAUAAAAUUAAGUACAGUCUAACGUAUAUUAUAUAGUAUUAGAAUAAUGAUAUUGUCUAAUUUUAAUUACACAGUAUUUCCGUUUAAAAUUAUUAUUACACUGCAAUUUAUAUUCGUAAGAUUGGAAACGCUUGAUUGAAUAAAACAUGUUUUCAUUCGUUGAAUUAAAUAACAUUCCUAUUACACCUAUAUCGAAAAAAAAAAAAAAAAAAAACAAAAACAAUAGACAUCUCCUCCAACGUUUUUUGUUGUGUUCGAACACUUCGCCGUCUAAUGGAUUGUUCUGUAUGUUAAGCUUGGUCUUUUUCAAGUUACGUAUGUACACGGCGAAAUAUUCAAUUAUUGUUUAUAUUAUAUACGAAAAUAUAAGUA